CCAUUGUUUCAAUAUUUUAAAUCUUGACAAGCCACUAAUAUUUUUAGCUAUGAAGAAGUUAAAUAUUUAUAUAUGUUUUCUAUCGUUUACUACAAUGGUUUGGUCUGAAAAAGUAUCUCUCAGAAUUAAACGAGCACCCAUUAUCAAUGGACAGGUUACCACAAUUUCAAAGAAACCUUAUUUUGCAAGUAUUGUUGAAUUGGAUAAUGAAUUUAAAUCAUGGUGUCCGAUCUGUGGAGCAACUAUCAUAACAGCUCAAUGGCUUCUUACUGCUGCACAUUGCAUACAACCUCCAAUAAAGUAUUUAAAAGUUCGUACUGGUACUGACAAAUAUUUCAUACCAAAAGAUAAAGAAGAAUUACAUUUACAUGAAAUAUUGGCUGCUAUACCGCACCCUGAUUACUCGCACAUGAAUAUAGUGAACUUCUUUGAUAUUGGCUUGAUAAAAUUGAAAAUUCCAAUCGAAUGUAGAAUCGGAUUACAGAUGCCAAUAAACCUUCCAACUGACACAUUGUUUUUAAAAGCUGGAACAGCGUUAACUAUCGUGGGAUUCGGUUUCAACACGAAUCAAGAACAGCAAGAUAAUACAAUGCUUCCUAUAAAAUUAUUAUAUGGUACAGUCAGAGUUAUGGAGAAACAAGAUUGUCAAAGAAUUUACGAGGAUUGGUUCAUUGAGAAAACUGAUCAUCAUUUCUGUGCAACUUCUCAAAAAUUUGAGGUAGCUAAAGGCGAUUCCGGAGGCCCGGCAGUGUACAAUUCAUACCUAAUUGGUAUUAUCAGCAGUGGUGGACAGGGGAAGGAUCAAUAUCCAGGAUUAUUCAUUGAUGUUCGCAAAUUUAUUGGUUGGAUUAAAAUGGUGAUCGGAAUCGACAAUGCCCGUUCGCUCAAAAAAUGUUGCGCUAUAGUAUAGUUUAUUCUUCUAAUAAUACAAUAUAAUAAUUACUCAUAAUUUAUGAUUUUUCUCUCAAAUAAAAUAUAUAUUUCUUGCUGUUUAUAAGUAAUAAAUUGUGUAGAUCAUGUCUUGUUUGCGUUAAGCAGGAUAAGAACUUACACAAGCUAACGGACUGAUGCGAAUUCAGAUGAGCCAAAAAUUAUUAUGCCACGCGUACAGUUGGAUAGUACCAAUGCAAAACAUUUCCAAAACAGGAUAAUCGUUGCGUUUCGUUUCUCUAGAUAUAUAUUAGACCCGUCGGAAACACGUGUAUGCGUAAUUCUGAGGCACAGUGCCGUGACAUCUUUUUUUGGUAUCCACCUCGAAGUCGUAUUUACGAGGGAACGAUUAUGUCAGUUUGCUGUAUUAUGAAAUGGCAGCUAAGACUUGUUUUUUUCCUAUUUUCGAGUUUCAUACUAUACGGUUUAAUAUAAUUGAUAGAUGCGUACAUUUAGCUACGCAUUUUGUAUGCAUUUCUUUCUAUACAAAUUCAUUGCUUCUACUAUUAUAAUUUAUUACUUGUCAAAUACUAGGAAUACGAUAUUAUAGACCUAUAAAUGUCAUU